CUCAGAGCUUUUAUGGCGGAGGCGCGGUGGUGGUUGAACUCAGGAGACGAAGCCACAAGCGGUUGUUCGUAUAACUAACUAACUACUCCGUAACUUAGUUUUUUAAGAUCGGCUGGCGGCUGCAAGAAGCAGAACAGGUGACCUCAACUGCCGAGUCGGUCAGGUCACAAUCCCAAUCCCAAUCCCAAUCCAACCCGCGCCCAACAUCCAAUUCUAUUCUUCAACAACACGAGAGAGGGACAGUCGACACUCUUACUUAACAACCCCCUGUCGCCGCUGUCGCCGCUGUCGGCAGCAUCAAGCAUGCGAUGCCCCUCAUGCAAAUUUGCACUUGGCUGGGUCGUUUGGGCAGUGGAAAAACCUUGGAAGGGAGCUCUGUCGUCAGAAAUAGAGCAGCCUAACUAGUAACUAACUAGUUAACGAUGCAAGCUCCAUAACGUACGUUACCUCCGGCGUUGAUGGCGGUGCUCAGCCAUCGCGCCAUGUUUGAGCUAGUGCAGGGAACAUUCAUUUGAACGAGGGGGUGAGACAUGAGGAUCAUGUUUGAUUCCUCUUAGUCUCCGCAAAAGACAGACGCUGCUGCCGUCAGACGGUAUGGUAUGGUAUGUUGAUCUGCCCUCAAGCGCUUGAGGUAUAAUAGCUAUUUGAUCCUUCUAUGGAGUAUCAUACUAGACGGAUGAGCUGAUUGCCCUCUUGUGAGAAGUCCAUAUCCUUGAAUCUCUGCGUUUAAAUGACCUUCGUUCAAUUUCGACUUUUGUUUCACCUCACAAACCAGACAUCCAGGGGGAUCAGUCCUAAAAAUAAUAAUCAUACAUGGGCUUGGAAAAUGAUCUUUAGCCCCUAUUAUUUGACUCUCUCCCUCUUUGACCCCAACUAAGGAUCGACACAAUGAUAAACUGGCUACUUUUUGUUUGGAUUGAUAUUCAAAACACUUGACAGGGGCAAUUCUUCAUUGUUUUUCGUUUCUAUAUCCGUUGGUACAAAAAUAUUUCUUUGUAGCAAGCAAUCUCUUGUCUACACGUUUUUUGUCUUGUUACUUGCUUGAGUCAAGUAACUGUCACUGAUCCGUUUCGGGAGACCAUUAUCCCCUCACUUGUUGAAAAUGACGGUUCUUUAUGUUGCGAGUAUCUCUCCUGCUUCAAAUACCGCAGGAUGUCCUGGCUUCCCUCAUUCCACUCUUGUGACAGUUCCAAUCCUUCACACAACUGUAUAGCGGAAGCUACGCCGCGUUUCGAUUUUUUUGGGCUCAGUUCUGCUGUUUCAUGCAUUGAGAUUGCCAAUGAAAACCCAGAGGAACCCUCCCUAACUAGCACAUCAUUAAUCAUCACAUUUAUUAUCGACUCCUAGUAGAAUCCCAAGUGGGUCCGAACAACCGUUAUCACCAACGCCAGUACUGUCAUUUCUCCAGACAUUUUACAGUCUAGCCUAGAAACUAGCCUGCCCAUUGAGGAUCCUAUGGCUGCCGAAAGCUCCAGGGCGGAGCAGCAGCAGGCAGCUGGGUCAACCGUUAACGAAGGUGCUGACCAUGAAUUACCGCCUCCGUACUUCCCUGGCCGGCCUGACCUAUUUAAUGAGGUCGAAUGGGGAAAUAUCCCGACCCAAGCGGACGCUCAGAAAGCAUAUACGCUUUGGUCAGCCCAGGACUCUUGCCUCAGGAAUGAAAAUGACAGACUUCGUAGCCGUCCGGAGGCAGAAGAUGCAGAACACUUACAUACCACGGACACCAUUCUUGUACGAAACGUCUACGAAAAUAUUUUUCAUUGGAAGUUACUUCCCGACCGCACAACCGAUGAAUAUGCGCAAUAUAGAUAUAAUCCUCAAACGGACGGGCGUGAACCGUGGCAAUAUUCGCAGAUAUUUCAUCAAAACGACGCUGAUCGCGAGGAUUCGCCCGAUAGGCCUCCAUCACGUACACUGAUAGAUGGUUACGAUGUUCUCACCAAUCGAUUCUGGACCAAGGUGAGACUCCAAGCGCAGCUACGAUCUCGAAACUUAAAUCCAAAUGGCCUUGUUGCAGAUUUACGCCGGCGAUUGCAUGACUAUGAACAGGAGAUGUUUUGGAAUAGAAAAAGUCUUUUACCUCGGGAAGACCUAUCGCACUGGGGAAUUAGUCGCAGAAAUGACUUCAUGAUCAGAGUUUCUGCCGAAUCGGAGCUAAAACCUUUGGAUAUAUAUACCUGGGCUAUAAUUCUCAGCCCUUACAACCCUGCUUACUGGAUCAGCCGCGCAUAUCUUCAUUAUGAGAUGGGAUAUUUUGACCUUGCUGUCGGAGAUGCACACCGUGCUCAGAUGCUUUGUGAAGUGUUGGCGGAAACACGCUUACGGAGCCGACAGCCAGGGUUAUACGUUCGAAUUUGGGAUGCAGUCGAAAAUCAUGUAUUGCAGAUACCCGCAACGGAUGUUAACAGAUCCCGCACAAUCAAAUCUCUACGCAGCCCGGAGGGAGUCAAUUUCUUCAUUCCGGCCAUUCGCACAGUCGCACACCACAUUAUCAGCCUAAGUUUAUUUCGUCUGCAUUGUUGGUGGGAUUACGAAGCUGUGGAGAAGCAAUUCCUAGCACAACUAUCAAGGGAGGAUCGAGUUGCGCAGGAGAUUAUGGGGAGAUGGGAUAGAUUGCAGGCCUCCGUGGAGGCUGGCAAGCAAGAGGAGGGGACUAGUGCUGAUGAGUAUUUUUUCGAAAGCAAUUACGGCCAUGUUGCAAUACGAGACUACCCAUAUAGUGCCCGAGAUAUCGACAGGACGGCUGCGGCUUUCAAGCAGAGGAUAACUCAGGAUUUCAUUGGCAAAUCACAGGUGGACAACCCCGUCCCAAAAAUCGCUGUUGACAAAGAUAAAGAGGGCAAUCUUGGCGUUUUUGCAACCCGGGAUAUCCACGAGAGAGAAAUUGUGUACGUCGAUGAACCAUCUAUAAGAGGUCAUCUUCAUACUGUUAGCCCGCCGUGGAAGGCCGAGCAUCGCUGCGAGAAUUGCACGAGACAAAUCAAGCCAGAGGUGAUAGAAUUAGUCAGGCAGCCUUCUGCAGCAGGCCAGCAAGAGAUCAGUAGAGACAUCUGUGACUGCUCUAGACUUUUCUCGGAACCGUUAUAUUGGUGUCCUCCACCAAGAGACGACGCUAGGACAAGCCACGAUGCCGGAACAAGCCACGAUGUCGGAACGAACGACGAUGCCGGGACAAAUGAGAAUGCCGGGACAAAUGAGAAUGCCGGGACAAAUGACGAUGCCAGAACAGAUGACGAUGCCAGGGCAAACGAUGAACCCGGGCCUUCAUCCUCCGCUCCGGCUAUGAUGGCGACCCGUUCACAGACUACACGCCUCCGAGAUCAUGAAGUAGGCAGUGGAACCGGGCUAGGGCAGAAAACAUCAAGAAAGAGACAGAGAUCACGCACAGACCUUCCAGACUCCGAGCUCGCCGCGCCGCCAGCUAAGAAGCCACGGUCAUGUUUAGAGAUAGCCCGUUCUCUCUAUCAUUACCGCGCUUGUGGGAAAGAUUGGACAUGGCUGCAUGACUCAAUGAGAAACCCGGAGCGCUCAUUGUAUACAAACGAACGCCAUGGAACACUCCUUAGUCUGCUACUUCGAGAAGUUUUUGACAUUACACUUCAUCGUCGAAAGACAGACAAUAGGCCAGCUCUCCUCGCGCAUGAAAUUGACGAGCUGUUGCCGCUGUUUGCGGGAGAAGAGCAUGCUUGUUUCCCCUUUUCCUACUCGGCAAAUAUUCGUGUCCCCUUCGAUAUCCUGAUGUGCCUGGGAGUGGAUAUUUUCCGAGACCUUACUUUUGACACUUGGGUGAUCCAGUCCGUGCUCAGAAAGCUUGUCCCCAAUGUUAUUCCAUGGGAUCAUCAUCGACGGGGUUGGCCUGACGCCGCAGAGGGGCAAGCAAUCAAACAGGCCCGCAGUCGUAUGGAAGGCACUCUAGAACAGCUGAACCCGACGUUCAGAACUCUAUAUCUAUUCCCUGGCGUGGCAAUGUUCAACCACUUCUGCCACGACGCACACAACGUGGCGUGGGAUUGGGACCCGGUCAUCCCGAAUCGCAUCAUCCUCUGGGCACGCAAAGCUAUCGAAGCAGACGUCGAGCUCGUCCUGCCAUACACCAAUCGUGAGCUCUCGCAGCAACACGCCAUGCGCCUGUUCCAAUCCGCAUGCAAUUGCCAGAAGUGCCAUAAUGCGAACAGGGAUGAUAUCUACGGACACCCCGAUGAUGACGAUGACGAUGACGAUGACGAUGACCCUAGUAGUCCACAUACUCUAGGAGAUUCGGCUUCGGCCCACAGUGAAGGGGGAAACGAUCCUCCUCCUGGUCAUGAUCCCGAUAACGAUUCCACCGACGAGAAACCCAGGAGUGGCAAGGAAGCCGUGGACCGGCCGGAGAACCCGAUGCGCCAGAUCAAAGCAGAUGAGAACUAUGAUGAGUCUACGAGCUUGGACUCUACGGAGGCCCCUGGCAAAUCCGCUCCCUUGUCUCCGAUGCAGCUUAGAUCGCGUAUGAAAAUGGCUGGGCAAGAAGUCUCACCAAGGAUGUAUAAGAGGAUUAGGGGAGAACGGGUCAGGAGCGGGGGUGGGAACGACAGCUGCUAGAGCAACAAUUGCGGAGCGAUUUGUCCUAAAUCAGGCUAUCGCUCGCCAGCCCCAAAACCUGUUACUCUUUAUCGGGGUGUGUUUUAUGUCGUUAUGCAUCUUUCUGUUUCCUGCUGAAUGGAUAUCGAGGCACUCACGAAUCUGCUAACCAAUUCCCCUCGUCUGUUUGCUAGGUUUAGUUGCCAUAUUUGCAUAGGUUGGGAUAUAAGGUCUCUCUUUUGUUUGUUUUGUUUUGUUUUGUUUUGUUUUGUUUUCGUUUCGUUUCCUAACAUUUCCUAAUUUUGCCAUAUUAUUAAUGUCUACCUCGCUUCGUUUUUGCGUUUUUAUGAUUUUGGUUGACGUGCUCCCUCCCUGAUUUUUUUGGAUCAAAUUGCAGUGAACAAGAGUGGCUAGUUAGUUAUAUUAUAGAAAGGGAUAGGCGUUCGCUGCUCAAAGAAAUGCGAAAUAGUUUAAGGCGUUCUUUAAACAUAUAUUUAUACACAUUGAAAACCCCUUGACGGAAACCGUGGAUAUUGAGAACGACGCUCUGAAUUGUGAAAAAUAUCAUAUGCAUUUAAGCUUAAAUAAACGCCAAUUGGUGCUGAUUUGUAACUACCCCGAUUAAUAAAGAAUUGAGCUGGUAACUUGGUG